AGUGCAGUGACGCCAAUAACAGCCGGCGUCGCGCUCAAUCUCAGACAUACGAAGCAGGCGUCGUUUCAGUAUUCUAGUUCAAAGACAGUAAAAAUUGUUGGUCUGAGCUUGUAUCAGUCAAGUGGGGGCUUUUAAUAGAUGUUGUGUUUGCUUCAAGGGUCCAAAACGUAAGAAAUCUCAUACAUUUUAUUAGAAAUAUUGCAUUGUUUUUUCCCAAUGAGUGUUCAAUAUCCUAAGAAUACCUCUAGCAAUAUAUAACCAACGUUUCAACUUGCUAAAGUGGAUUGUGUGGCAUAGUUCAAACUAACCUCAAACAUCCAUACAGUUCUAGCCAAAAUGACUGAUAUAAGUGACUUGGACCGGCAAAUAGAACAACUGAAGAGAUGUGAGAUUAUCAAAGAAUCCGAAGUGAAGGCUCUUUGUGCUAAAGCCAGGGAAAUCCUCGUGGAAGAGAGUAAUGUACAAAGGGUGGAUCCUCCAGUUACUGUCUGUGGAGAUAUCCAUGGUCAGUUUUACGAUCUAAAGGAAUUAUUUAAAGUCGGAGGAGAUGUGCCGGAAACCAACUAUCUUUUUAUGGGCGACUUUGUUGACAGAGGAUUCUACAGCGUUGAAACGUUCUUACUGUUAUUGGCUCUCAAAGUUCGAUACCCAGAUCGAAUAACACUUAUCAGAGGAAAUCAUGAAUCUAGACAAAUUACACAAGUAUAUGGUUUCUAUGAUGAAUGCCUUAGAAAAUAUGGAUCGCUAGCCGUUUGGCGUUAUUGCACCGAAAUAUUUGAUUAUUUGUCUCUGUCGGCUAUUAUAGAUGGUAAAAUAUUUUGCGUUCAUGGAGGCCUUUCCCCAUCAAUCCAAACCUUGGACCAAAUUAGGGUUAUAGACAGAAAACAAGAGGUACCACAUGAUGGUCCCAUGUGCGAUUUGCUAUGGAGUGAUCCUGAAGAUACUCAAGGAUGGGGAGUGUCGCCCAGAGGGGCUGGUUACCUAUUUGGAUCUGAUGCGGUAGCCCAAUUUAAUGACGCAAACGAUAUUGAUAUGAUCUGCCGAGCGCACCAACUGGUAAUGGAAGGUUAUAAAUGGCACUUCAAUCAGACAGUAUUAACCGUAUGGUCUGCUCCUAACUAUUGCUACAGGUGCGGAAAUGUAGCAGCAAUAUUAGAGCUUAACGAACAUUUGCAACGGGACUUUACGAUAUUUGAAGCAGCCCCUCAGGAAACACGGGGCAUCCCGUCAAAAAAACCCCAGGCAGACUAUUUCUUGUAAUUCUUAUUAUGGCUCCAAUUGCGAUUUUCUGACAUUGCUUAGUCGGCAUUAAUAAUGUAUAAGGUUACUUUUUUCUAUUGUUGAAAUAUUUGUUAAGAGCAAGACAUUAAUUGUGAAAGAACCUGCAGCAAGGUCUGAUCUCAAAUUAAGAAAAUAUUCAGAAAACAUUUUUAAAUUUUUUGCAGCCCAGUAUUGAAAUAAAAGGUGAUCUGGAAGAUUUAUUUAAAACCAUAUAAAAACAAGCUGAUAUAUAAGUUCAAUUUCUGAGAGGUUUUUGUUUAUAUUCUGAUAUUUAGUAGUUCACCGUUUCAUUUUUCCAAAAAUGUAUUGCCGACAACUAUUUUAUUCAUUUUAUCCUAUUAUUUUUUUAUAAAUUGAAUAAAAAAGGCGAAUGCAGUAGGAACCAAAUUAAUUUAAUCGGGUUAUAUGCGCAAGUACAAAAUGGAUAUUGAAAUAAUUCGUACUUUAAAGUUAACUAUACAUCUGUUAAACCUUUCUUAAUAGUAAAAUAUAACCUCAGUUCAUUGAAAUGCUAAUGUAAAAAUUGAUUAAAAUGAUUAUGCUUUACAAUUUUUUUCACCAAUGUAAACCAGAACUGCCAAAUAAAUUGUUUUUAAUUAUGCA